UAUCCCAGCAGUUAUCCAAACUUACUUGGCUCCACUGGGCUACAGGCAGUUCACCUGCAGAGGAGUCUCCGGGAACCAGCAUGUUCCCUUUGCUCAUUGGAGCUGGACUGGUGGUUCUGAACCUAGUGACCUCUGCUAAGAGCCAGAAAACAGAACCCCUUAGUGGCUCUGGGGACCAGCCACUCUUCCGGGGAGCAGAUCGAUAUGACUUUGCCAUCAUGAUCCCUCCUGGAGGCAUAGAAUGCUUUUGGCAAUUUGCCCACCAAACUGGAUACUUCUAUUUCAGCUAUGAGGUUCAGCGGACACUGGGAAUAUCACAUGACCGGCAUAUUGCUGCCACUGCACAUACCCCACAAGGUUUUCUCAUAGAAACCUCUCAGAAUGUUCGGGGCCAGAUUAACUUCUCUACCCAUGAGACAGGUUUUUAUCAACUUUGUCUAAAAAAUCAGCAAAAUCACUUUGGUUCUGUGCAAGUGUAUCUCAAUUUUGGAGUCUUCUAUGAAGAGCCUGAGAUGGACCAUAAACAGAAGAACGAAAGAAAACAACUGAAUGAUACUCUGGAUGCAAUUGAGGAAAGUACACGAAAGGUACAGAAAAAUAUCUUUCACAUGUGGCGUCAUUACAACUUUGCCCGCAUGAGGAAAAUGGCCGACUUUUUCCUUCUCCAAUCAAACUAUAACUAUGUGAACUGGUGGUCGAUGGCCCAGAGCCUUGUUAUUGUUCUUUCUGGGAUCCUGCAGCUGUACUUCUUGAAGCGUCUCUUCAAUGUCUCAAUGACUACUGACACAAAGAAGCCAAAAUGCUAAGCUAAAAUAAUUACAGCGUGCUGGCUCUUUUCUUCUGGGGCAGAAGCUUGUCAAAGCUUUGUUAAAUCAGCUUUGUAAAGUUACUGGGGAAAAAUCAAUUUCUCCUAUUAGAAAGUUUUAGUUUAUUGCACUCAUCUACUGAGGCAAAAUGGCAAUAAAGGAA